AUGAGAUUGGUAUCAAAGAGAAGAAUUAGGUUUCUUAUUUUUAUUUUGGUUGGUGUCUUCUCUGUGUGUAUAAUAUCAAGGUGUGUUGUCCACUUCCAAUACAAUGAGGAGAUAAAGUACUAUAAGAAAUUUUUCCAGCAGAAAAAGGACGGCCUUCAAGAGAUAUAUAAUCCUUUAGAGAUUAAGCAAAUCCCUGGAGAAACAAUAGAUGAUUUGUAUUCUGCCAGCUUGGAAAAGGAGCUCAAGAACAACCAAAUCAUUGAGUGGUCAAAGUUUGCGUAUGUGAAUUAUGUAACAGACGUGGAUUAUUUGUGUAAUACGCUGAUCAUUUUCAAUGAUCUGAAAGAACAGUUUAAAACAAAGGCCAAAUUGGUUCUUUUAAUAUCUAGAGACCUAUUGGAUCCCGAUACUUCUGCAAAUAUAGACCAAAUUAAGCUUCUUCUUGAUAAAAUUCAAGCUAUAGAUGAAAGCCAAGUUAUUAUUAAACUGAUUGACAAUAUCGUCAAACCAAAAGAUCCUACACCUUGGAAUGAGAGUUUAACAAAAUUAUUGGUCUUUAACCAAACUGAGUUUGAGCGUGUGAUUUAUCUUGAUAACGACGCCACGCUAAGAUCAAGUUUAGAUGAAUUGUUCUUUUUGCCUAAAUAUAUCAAAUUCGCGGCUCCAUUAACAUAUUGGUUUUUAUCUGAACAUGAUUUGGAAAAAUCAUAUCACGAAAUUAAAUUCAAGGAGAAGCAACCAAUCAAUCUCGGUUCGUACACCAAGGUAUUGGCCAACAGAAUUAGGAAAGGCCAGAUGAUUUACAACCACUUACCGAGUCUACCGCACUCACUAUACUUGAACUCAAAUAAUAUAGCUCAAGACAUUAUAAGCUCCACCUCAUCUUCAUCACCAUUGUUCUAUUUCCAUGGUAGUAAAAAAGUUAGUAAGCUGAAAUUUGCUUCUAACUUGAUGGUCAUUAAACCUUCAAAAAAAACAUUUGAUGAAAUUGUAGAGGACACGCUGCCUAAGAUAAUAAACAAAAAGGAUAAAUACGAUAUGGAUUUGAUCAAUGAGGAAUUGUACAAUUUAAAGAAAAUUAUUUACAAGCAGUUUAUUUUCUUCAGAAAAGUUAGAAAACUUUUCAAACCAGAAGUAUUAGUUUUACCUUUUGCAAGAUAUGGCCUAUUGACGGGUUCACUGAAAAAUCCGAAGCACUAUUCUAUGAUUUCCAAUGAUGUAUUAGGCUAUAAGAAUUUGGAUGAAAAUGGCGAUGAAAUCACUAGAAGUCUAGAUGACGCUGUCACAUACUCCAAGUAUAUACAUUUUUCGGACUAUCCAAUAGGUAAGCCCUGGGUUUAUCAAUCAGUAAAGGACUUUGAAUGUAAUGUAGAAAAAGAAAAAUCGAGAGGCCUUGAAUUAGAACCCCAGGCUUGUAGUGUUUGGAAUUCGGUGUACGAAUCUUACAUGCAAACUAGAAAAAUAUGUUCUGUUUGA